CACGCUCACGUCGGUUGAAUAAAAGCUUCUGGAGUAGCACAUACACAGUUGGUUAGAGAGAGGGGAGAGGGAGAGGGAGGCGGCAGCGGCGCCAUCGAUCACUCUGUUCUUCUCCGCUGAUCCAGAGGUAGGAGGCAAGGGAGGUGCCAUAUUCCAUCAAUGGCGACUCCCACCACCUAUUCUGUCCGCGUCUCCUCAGAGACUCACAAAAUCGAGGCCUGGUUGGCGUCUGACGAAACUCUGGCUAGGCAGCUGCAGGAGGAGGAGAACUCGCGUGACGCUGCCGCCACGAGAGAACUCGCCGGUAACGUGUCCUUGGAGCCAUCGUCACCGGCUGUUGAGUACAGGCCAGGACAAAAUGCAGCUCAGGUUACGAGGGAAGACAAUGUUGACCCGGAUAAUAUGUCGUAUGAGCAACUACAAGCAAUGGGGGAAGCAGUAGGAACUGAGUCCAGAGGAUUGUCUGAUGACCUGAUAUGCUAUCUGGUGCCAUUUAAGCACAAGUGCAACUUCUUCUCCAGGAAAAAGAACAGUGAGGAAUGUGUGAUCUGCAAAACGACCUAUAAAAGCAGGCAGAGGCUGAUAAGAUUGCCAUGUAGCCACUGUUAUCAUGCAGGUUGCAUAACCCGCUGGCUUAAGAUCAACAAGGCAUGCCCAAUCUGCAACGAGGAGGUAUUUGGAUGAACUACCAAGGCUCCUGGCAAAUGCUGCAGCUUCAUCGUUGCACUGUGUUUUCAGAACGCGUUGGGCUCAUAGCCUCAUAUGGCCCAAUACUAUGCGAGUCUAGUUGGCCUCGUGUGCUUAAGGAAACUGUCUUUUGGUUCACAAGUUCGCACGUACUGCUAAUUGAAGCAGGUCAUGUUUGAUGAUGCGCCUAUCCAGCCUAGUUUUAUCACAAAUUGAUAAAUCUGUGUGGGUAUUUUGGUACUUUGGUUGCCAGUUUUCUGACAAUGCAACUAAGCAGGAGUAGUUCAGUAGAAUGAUAUGCUUGUCUCU